AGACACAAAAAAGAGCCACCCAAAACAUACGCACACUCUAACAGUCCAACCCUCUCUUUCAUUUUUGUUUUCUCUUUCUCUCACAAAGGAAAAAAAAAUAAAAAAGGAAGAAGAAGGGAAUCUGUGCAUGUUACGUAGUAAAUCUUUAAAGUGCAAUUUGAGCUACGUUAACGCUGCCACCAAGAGAUUUUGUUCCCUUUUUCAUCUUCUCCGCCGGUCUGCCAACUUUCCGUUCUCUGCUCUAUAAAUUCAUUCCAUUUUAUUUUUCUCGAGAACUAAACAGGGGGGAUUGUUAGCAAACAUGACGGCUACUAUGCUGUUGCUAACGUUUGCCAUCUGUAGAUUGAUUGUUACUGUCGGAUUGAUUACCUUGGAUCCCUCGGAGCUUCUCCGCCUGAGGGUCGACGGUCAACUCACCGUUGACCAGGUUGAUCUGGAAGCCGCUUCUCUUGACUUCGGUAUGUUAGGGAAAACAGAGCCACUGGCAGUUUUGCAUCCGGGUUCGGCCCAGGACGUGGCCCGGAUUGUUGAGGCGGGUUAUAGGUCAGCCCAUGGGUUCACUGUCUCGGCCCGGGGACACGGGCAUUCGAUAAACGGGCAAGCGCAGACGAGAAAUGGGGUGGUGGUGCAGAUGAGCGGGGAGGGGCGGGCGGCGCCACCUCGGGUUGCGGUGGGCGAGAGGUACGUAGACGUGUGGGGAGGGGAGCUGUGGAUAGACGUUUUGAAAAGUACGUUAGAGUAUGGGCUUGCACCCAAGUCUUGGACUGAUUAUUUGUACCUCUCCGUCGGCGGUACCCUAUCUAAUGCCGGCAUCAGCGGUCAGGCUUUCAAUCAUGGCCCUCAGAUUAGCAAUGUCCAUGAACUUGACGUAGUCACAGGAAAAGGCGAGCUCUUGACAUGUUCAGAAGAGAAAAACUCAGAUCUAUUUUAUGCAGUUCUCGGUGGUCUAGGACAAUUUGGAAUUAUAACAAGAGCAAGAAUUGCUCUUGAACCAGCACCUCAAAGGGUGAGGUGGAUCAGGGUACUGUACUCAAAUUUUUCGGCUUUCACGAAAGACCAGGAAUAUCUCAUUUCCCUGCAUGACCUUCCAGCUUCUCAAAAAUUUGACUAUGUGGAGGGUUUUGUCAUUGUAGACGAAGGCCUCAUCAAUAACUGGAGGUCUUCCUUCUUCUCCCCUCGAAACCCUGUCAAGGUCUCCUCUCUUGGUUCCAAUGGUGGGGUCUUGUAUUGCUUGGAAAUCACCAAGAACUAUGAUGAAUCUACUACUGAUAUCAUUGUUGAUCAGGAAGUUGAGACUUUGUUGAAGAGAUUGAACUUUAUUCCAACUUCAGUUUUCACCACGGAUCUGCCUUACAUUGAUUUCUUGGACCGGGUCCACAAGGCUGAGCUGAAGCUCCGGGCCAAGGGCCUUUGGGAGCUUCCCCAUCCGUGGCUCAACCUUUUUGUCCCUAAAUCAAGGAUAAGCGACUUUGACAACGGCGUGUUUAAGGCCAUCUUGAGCAAUAAAACUAGUGGGCCAAUUCUCAUCUAUCCCAUGAACAAAAACAAGUGGGACCAGCGCAGCUCGGUGGUGACGCCGGAGGAGGAUGUGUUUUACCUGGUGGCGCUACUGAGAUCGGCAUUGGAUGAUGGGGAGGAGAUGCAUAGCUUGGAGUACCUAACGAGUCAGAACCGUGAGAUCCUCAGAUUCUGUGAUGAAGCUGGGAUCAAAGUGAAGCAGUAUUUGCCUCAUUAUACCACGCAGGAGGAAUGGACGGAACAUUUUGGGAAUAAGUGGGAUCGAUUUUAUCAGAGGAAGAUGGAGUUUGAUCCCAGACAGAUUUUAGCCACAGGGCAACGGAUAUUCAGACCAAACUUCAUUUCCUCAUAUGGUGCUUCAUGGUGACGGGUAAUGACAACAGAUGAAUCCAAAGUUAGAGAAGGACCACGCUCAGUACCACUGGCUUUAGGCACAUUCUUGUUCUUGUACAUAUACAAUGGGAUAAGGGGGCAAGAAAGAAAAUAUAGAAUGAUAUUUGUUUGAUCGGAACUCAAAUCGGAAGAUUGUUCUUACCAUGCUCUGAUGGUGCGCAGCCGAGAGGUUGUCGGGCCCCAAUAUAUAUUGCAGUGCACAUGUGAUGUUAUAAGAACUGAGCCGCUCGUGACCACUACCCCCAUAUCUGCUACUGAUUUACCGGCUGGAUCUUGCUCCUGCAAAGACAGCUCCAGCUCCAUCCAGCGUGGAUUGGCAUUUAGCUAUUUCACCCUUUCCAGGAUCUGUAAUUAUUAGCUAUAUUUGUAAAUAAAGAAUUAAGUAGUAAGAUACAGAUAGAGUUGAAGAGCUAUUUGAAUCCUAAUUUCCGUGUAUCUGUCCCCCUGUUUCUCGAGUUGAACUAGCACAGUUCGCUUUGUUGUACAGAUCAUGAUUGCAACAUCAUCUCAGGACAGAGGAAAAGACAAAGAAGAUUUGCGUGCAGAGAUGAAAUACAUAAUAGCAACACGUUUUAAAUAAUUCAAGAUAUCAGCA